AUGCAGCAGCAGCAACGGUGGCUGCUGCUGCAGCAGCGAAAGAGGCAAGCGAUCGAGGCGGCUCUGCAGCAACAACAGCAACAACAACAACAACAACAGCAGCAGCAGCAGCAGCAACAGCAGCAGCAGAAGCAGCAGACAAAAGAAGAGAAGGUGCAAAAGGAGACACUUGCUGACGAGGAGACAGCACGUCCCCCCGUCCCCCCUCCAGCCCCUGCUGCUGCUGCUGCUGCUGCUGCAGCAGCAGCAGCAGCAGAGGUGAGACAACGCAUGCAGCAGCAAAGCUCACCACAGGAGACUGCUGGGGGGCCCCCCUAUCGUCGAGUGUUGGGGGGCCUCGAAACCACCGCAGAAGAAGGGGAAGGGGGGCCCCUGGGUCUGCUGCAUGCAGCCCUUUGGGGCUUGGGGGCCGACACAGAGACAGACACAGAGACAGAGACAGAGACAGAGGAGACAGAGGAGACAGAGACAGAGACAGAGGAGACAGAGACAGAGGAGACAGAGGAGACAGAGACAGAGACAGAGGAGACAGAGACAGAGACAGAGGAGACAGAGGAGACAGAGACAGAGAUAGAGAGACACAUGCAGGAUAGUUGGUUUGUAACGGAGAGGAGACAGGGCGCAGCAGUAGGUAUAGGGGGGGCCCCCGAGCUUACAUGGGUACUGGGGGCCCCCCCAGGCUCUGUCUCUUCUUCUUUGUCUGUAUACACAGACCCCACACAGACACGAGCAGCACUCAUUGAGGCACUGGAGCUAGGCUUCAGAAUGCAUGCACACGAGCAACAAAUACAAAUGUCUCUUUUGGGGCUGCAUGCAAACACCACGCAUGCGGGGGCCCCCUACUCACCCACGCUGCAGUUCAACUUCGACACCGUACCCCUGCACGAGCAGCGCCUCAUACAGGCAGAGGCAGAGUGGGGGGCCCCGGAGGGGCCCCAGGCCCCCGCAGUGGGUUCUAUGGGACCCAGGGGCCCCCAGGGGGCCCCUGGGGGCCCCCCCCCGGGGGGCCCCCAGGGGCCUGAGGGGCCCCUGGGGGCCUCCAUCUAUGAGGUUUUGGGGGAGCUGCUGGGGGGCCCCCUCUCAGGUGACGUGUUGGGGGCCCCGGGGGCCCCCCUGGUGACCCCUGCUGAGGUUCAGCUGUCGGGUUUGGGGGUGCAAGAGGUGUCGCUGGUAGAAGGGGGUUUGGGGCUGCAUGCGCGGGGCCCCGGGGAGCAGUGGAUGCGGGGGCUUGUGAAGCAAGAAGAGCUGGUGAGGCUCGAGAUGCUGGGGAUGACCCUGGACGAGCUGCGGCUGCUGCUGCUUAUAGAAGAGGAGAUGGGGGGCCCCCAGGCCCCUCUGCCUGCUGAAGACUGGGCCCCAGAAGACAGAGAAGAACGCAUGCACUUUCUGUGGGCCCCCCAUGAGCUGCAUGCGCAUGCAGCAAAGGGCAAACAACAACAACAACAGCAGCAGCAGCAGCAGCAGCAGCAGCAGCAGCAGCAAGAAGAAGAAGAAGAGGAGACAGAUGAUGAUUACCUCCUUGAGGAAGAAGAGGCCUUCUGGGAGCUGAUGCUGGCGGAACCAGAGGCCUGGUGA